AUGGAAUCGUGGCCUUUAAUCAAGAAAAAUGCUAAUUUAACAUGUGGAGAUGUUACACAUGUUGUUCGAGAAACUUUUCGUGAUUUUUUCAAUGAAAACAUUACAAACUCAGAGUAUACAGCUAAUAUCAACUGUCCAGUUAGUCAUACAGAAUUACAAAAUUGUACUGUUAAAAUAAAGAAGGUGUUCGAAGGACAUCAACGUUAUGUUCGAGAUAUUCAAGAAGUAGAACAAAUAAUUUCUAAAGAUAUUGAGCAAUGUAUUGAAAGAGAUAAAUUUAUAAAGGAAAAUGUAAUCGCAAGUGCAAAUAUGAAAUUAAGGAAACAUCCCGUUUUUAAAGAUAUAGAUCCAGGAAUAGUUCAAAAAUAUAAUCUUAUUCAAUCUGACGACUUGUUACCAACACCAAUAGAAAGGAUAACUGACUAUGCAUAUGAUUAUAAUCUUCGAAAUCAUUAUAAAAAACAUUUAGAAAGCAAUACGUAUGGAAGUCUCAUUCAUUGUAAUUAUACUGAAAGUAAUGUAUCAAAUCGUUUUGGUGUGUGUCCAGUAAAAUUGGGAAAUGUAAAAAAGGAUUGCUUUGAGAAUAAACGAAAGAAAUUAGAUGCUAUAAAAUUCCCAUCGUCUUUAAAAACUCUAUCAUGUGGAACUAAAGGCAGUGUUAAAAAAGAAGAAGUAAGAUUAAAAGCAGAGCCAGAAAGUGUGUUGUUUUAUGAUUAUAAAAUAAAUGUCCCUUAUGAGCACUUAGUAAAAAUACGUAAUAUAGCUGGAUCAAUUACACGUUUCAAUGUACCAAUAUUUAACCAUCAUUCAAAAUUUAAAAUAGUUUGGAAACACCUAACAACAUCUUUGACACCAGGCAUGUGUGUUUCAUUUAUCGUACAAUUUUUUACGCAAACAUAUGAUGAUACACAAAGUUAUUUACAAUUUCGUGUAAAAGAUGGUAAAGAUUUAAUUAUCAAGUUAAUAUCAAAACGUCCCAUAUCAUUAUUAACUGGUGUCAUGUUUUAUGGAUCAUCUUGUAUGAAUUGGAAUCAUAGUACAACAACACAAAUUAAUAAAGUAUUAAAUUCAACAAUUGAAUGUAAACAAUGUUUAAUUGGUAGAAAAAAUGAAAUUAUUUUAAGUUUUUGUAAGUGUGGAGCUGAUGCAUCAUAUUUUUUGAUUAGUGAAUACAGCUGGUAUAAUAUGGUCGUAAAUGAAAUUAACACAAAUCUUGAAAUAAAAUUACCACCUUUUACCAUUCAUCCUGCAUAUUUUACAAUAAAAUCGAAUGAAAUUAUUGAUAUUCAUAUUGAAUUUGCCCCCCAAGAAUUUGGUUUGCAUUUAAAUAAAUUAAUUGUAAUUUGUGAUAAUUGUACUUACGAUUAUUUAGAUUUAGUUGGUGAUGGGGUAUACUUUCAACCUGAUUUUAUUAAAAUACAGGCGUCCGAAAAAGACUAUUCAGUUAUAUACGAUUCAGAUUAUGAGUCUAAGUAUGUACUAAAUUUAGGUAAUGUUUUAACUUUUAGAAAGUCGUCUACGUUUGAGAUCUAUGUAACCAACAAAAGUAUACUUAAAUUCAACUAUCGAUGGGAACUACGUGCUCCGGAUUUUAAAAUGAAUACAAGCACAGCAUUACGAAUGAAUCCAAAAUGGAUUAAAUUAACACCAUUAAAAGGACGUUUGAAUCGUGAAACUGAUUCAAAAUUUACAAUUAGUGUAUUUGGUAAUAGUUAUACAGGUGGAAGUUAUCGUUAUGUAAUCGAGCAAUUAGUUGAUAUUCUUAUUGGGGAAAUUGAAUUAUGGCUAAACAUUGAUGAGGCUUCAAUUAUGAUUGAUCCUUGUUCGAUCAUCGUUUAUGUGAAUGAAGGAUGUCAAGUAGUGGGAACAAAUGUUGAAAUGCCUUUACCUGUAAAUAUCCUCGUAACAAUCCCAAUUAUAGAAUCAUCAACGCAUAUUCUAAAUUUUGGUUAUGUAAAAUAUUCUGCUAAUGUAGCAAAAUAUUUUCGUAUAUCCAGUAAAGGUAUAAUUCCAUUAAAAUGGUAUAUUACUGAGUAUAUUUAUGAUCAGAAAACUCAAAGUUUACGUAAGGCGGCUAAACCGUCUUUGAAUAUAUAUCAUGGAAUUUUAGAUGAUCGAAAUGGAAUGAAAUGUGAUUUGGAGUACGGUUUAUGGACUGGAACUACUGGUAAAUGGUGUUCCAUACUUAUAAUCACAACUAAAGUGGGUUGUGAGGUUCAAGGUACAGAUUUUGUUCUUGUUUACGGAGAAAUAUUAGCGCCAUUGUUGAAUAUUCUUGCGCCACCGGCAUUUACUGCAACUCUACGAACGCCAAUCAAUUACAUAAAUGUAAAAAAAUUUUAUUCGAUAUAUUUACGUAAUAUUUCAUCAAUAAAAUGUUCGUACACAUGGGAUCGACCUGAAGGACGUGAUGUAUCAAAAUUAGAAUUAUAUAUUUGGCCAUUAGGUGGCAUAAUACAACCUAUGACUACUAUUAAAUUAUAUGUUGUACUUGAGCCAAAAAAAAUUGGAGAUGUUACUGAUUUUCAUGUACCAUGUUUUGUUGGCGGUAAUUUGGAACCGUUGUGGUUGUCUGUUGAGACCACAAACAAAGAUAUUAGUGUAUUAAUUUAUCAUCCGUAUAGAAGUAAUCCACAUGAAUAUGUUGAAUGGCCGCCAAAAUGGGAAGAAUAUUAUCAUACGAUGGCUAUAACAAAUUCAGACGAAGCUACAACUUCUAUAACUCCUACUACAACAAGCAACGAAAUUGACCUUUCAACAAUCUCAAAUAAAUCACUUUCGUAUCAUAAGAGUGAAGAGUCAUUAUUGUUCUACGAUCCAGGUGGUACUCAUAUCGAUUGGAAAUUCACAACAAAAUCCUCUGUAGAACAACAAUCGGAUUUAUGGUCAGGUGAUUUCCCUUCUAGCAUGUCUUACACAACAUAUUCUUCAAGAGAAUCAUUCAUAAGUUUAGCACCUAUAAAGAAAGCUCGAUUGCGAUUUAAAAGUAUCAAUUCUGCUGAAGUGCAAAAACAAUUAUGUACAUGUGAGAUGGAAUUGCGAAUAAAAAAUAUUAAUUUACGUAGAGCUCAUAAAAGAACUGUAUUAAUUAAAAACCAAACUCCAAUAUUAGGAACUUAUCGAGUGUCAGCGAAAAAUUUUGCUUUUGCUGAUAUAAAAAUACCGGUAGAUUUUAUAGAUAGAAUAGAAACUGAAUUAUCAAAUAAAAAAGGUAUAUUUAAGAUCAGUUCAUACGACAACACAUAUUUAUUAGAUCGUUGGACUCAUCAUCUAAAUAAAACUUGUGUUGGAUUCAUAUUACAUAUUGAACCCAAAUGUGGACGUAUUCAACCAAAUGAUUACAUCACGUUUGAUAUUUGGAUUUAUGGUGAUACAUGGGGUACUUACCAGGAUGAAAUAAUAAUUGAAAUAGAACGUCAAUCGCCAUUUAAAAUAAAUUUGAUAGUCGAUAUUAUUGGCCAACCUAUAAUAUUUCCAAUGCUCUGUGAUAAUGCUGUUAAAAAUAAGAAAGUAAAAAAUGUUCCAAUUGUGAGAUUUGGUUCUAUGGCCUAUGAAUCAGAGUCAAUAACUAGAAGAGUAAAAGUAAAAAAUAUAUCAGCAAUUGAUAUUACUUUGGUCUGGCAUGUAUACUUACAUAAACAUAAUGGGCAUAGAAAAGAUGAACAUGUUUCCAGGCAUCAGCGGCCACCACCAUUGAAUCUUGCAUUAGAUUUAUUUGAUGCACCAAGUUUGAACUAUGAUCAUGAUAAUUUCACAAGAGUCCAAUUAUUACUGACAAAAUUUUGGGGAGAUGAAGAUUCUUAUAUAUUUAGAAUACAUCCUAAAGAAAUGAAAAUUAAGCCACAAACUACAGAUGUGUUGGAAAUAACAUUUAACCCUCAGGAAUUUCAUCCUAUUUGGGGGGAGCUUAAGAUUGAAGCGUAUGUUAUAGGACAUGUAAAAAUUUCUGAAAAAAAUAGAAAGAGUCAUGGUGUAUAUCAUAGGAAACACCUCCAUAAUAUGAAUCCAACAAAAAUUAAACUAGAGGCAACAUUAUUAUUACCUUUAACAAAUUUACAAUUGAUACAAGGUGACAUUAAAUUUAAAGUAUUUGCCGCUACUGUAAUGUCACAAUUUAAACGAAUGAGUAUCCAUCGUACAUUUUUAAUGCAAAACAACAAUAAUGUUCCCAUAAAUGCUAGACUUCAUAUACAUCCACCAUUUAAAAUUAUUGAAGUAAAAACUAAAGGACACGUUGAAAAAACUACGAAAAAUAAAAUAAUGAAUGUUAAUAUAGACCCUGGAUUAUGUGCCGAGAUUUUAUUGAAAUGCAGUUUCAGCAAAAAGUUUAUACAAGAAGUUUCUGAAAAUGUGGAUAUAAAUGUUGAUAAAUCUAGUAAUUACAGUAUUUCAAAUAAAACAGUCAUAAUACCUCAUGAAUUAAUAAUUGAACAGCCAAAUUUAAUUACACAGAGAGUUCCAUUGGAAAUAAUUGUUAUCUAUCCAAACAUUUCAAUUUCUACAACUGACUUAGAUUUUGGGCCAGUUUCAGUUGGAUAUAAAAAGACAUUAACAAUUUCAGUUACUAAUAGAACAUGUUCUGAUAUUGAAUUUUCGAUUUCUAAAACAACAGAAAAUUCUAUUUUUACAGUUGAACCAUUGGAAGGCAUAAUGCCUAAAGUGGUUGCUGGACGUUGUUAUCGUUUUGAUAUCGAUGUAACUUUCGUACCAUUGGAAAUCGAGUGGUAUUUGGACACGAUUGUUAUAUGUGUUGGAAAAACAAAUUUCAUUCAAGAUAUUACUCUCAGUGGAAAUGGAACAGUCAAUUUAAGAUAUGCAUAA